UUUACUGGAUUUGUUGAUGCCCCACCAUCAGACCCAAAUCUUCCAGAAUAUGCAAGAACAAUGAUAAUAAAUCAACAAAAAAUGCUUAAACAACUUAAUGGCCUUCUCCGUGUAGCUUCUGAACUCCUCACAGAACAAAAAACUUUUGACGACUCCUUCGAACAACGACAACGUGAACACCUUCUCGUUAUUACCGGAUUACCAGAAAGCACUGAACAACAACCAAUGGAUAGAGCAGCGUCAGACAACAGAAAUGUUCGUCAAAUAUUAAAUGAACUUAAUAUUGAUCGAUGUCUACCAUCAGCAGUAUUUCGACUCGGAAAACAACGGGAACCAGGCUCCAAGCCAAGGCCCAUCAAAGUCCAAUUUCCGUGCACAGCAGCAGUUGUGGAAGCUCUGAGGAACAAGAAGAAACUGGUUGGUGGAAAAUUUAAGGGAAUUAAUAUUCGUAAGAGUAUGUCAAAAGAAGAGUUAAAUAAACGGAAUGAAUUGAUUGAAAUUUGUAAACAGAAACGUUUAUCGACAAAAUUCGAUUUUGUUGUAUAUGCUGGGGAAGUUAUGUUGAGAAGCGAAAUACCAAAAUUUAAACAAAAUCAUAAAAACUUACCACAAAAUAACAUAAAUUUUUAA